CGUCGAUGCUUCUCCCCUGGCCUAUGAAAGCUCCGCGAAGCCAGAGGACUGUUAUAAUAUUUAAUACUUUGGUGCCGUCGGCGUCACUGCACCUGCCAAGCUGCCUGCCAUGGAGGAAUGGUUCAGCUUGUGCUUCAUAGCACUAUGCACGCCGCUUGCCCUUUGGCUUCUCAAGCUCGCCGGCAGCAAGAAAGAGCCACAGAAGCACCAUCUGCCGCCGCCAGGGCCAUGGACUCUCCCGAUCAUCGGCAGCCUCCACCACGUCGCCAGCGCCCUCCCUCACCGCAGGAUGAUGGACCUGUCUCGCCGGCACGGCCCACUGAUGCACCUCAUGCUAGGCGAGGUCCCCACCGUGAUCGUCUCCGGCGCCGAGGCGGCGGCGCUGGUGAUGAAGACCAACGACCUCGCCUUCGCGGGCCGGCCGCAGAGCGCGACGUCCGACAUCUUCGGCUGCGGCGGCAAGAACAUCGGCUUCGCCCCCUACGGCGAGCACUGGCGCCAGAUGCGCAAGGUGUGCAUCGUGGAGCUCCUCAGCUCCAGGCAGGUGAAGCGCAUAGAGAGCAUCAGGGCGGAGGAGGUGGGCAACCUCCUCCGCUCCAUCGCCGCCAUGGAUGGCGCCACCGUCAACGUCAGCGAGAAGAUGACGGAGCUGAGCAACGACAUCGUGACGAGGGCGGUCUUCGGAGGCAAGUUCACGCAGCAGGAAGAGUACCUCCGCGAGCUGGAUGAGGCGUUUGCGCUGGUGAGCGGCUUCUCCCCCGUCGACCUUUUCCCGUCGUCGCGGCUAGUCCGGUGGCUCAGCAACGACGAGCGCCGCAUGAGGAGGUGCCACGGCCACAUCCAACGCAUCAUCGCCAACGUCAUAGACGGGCGCAAGGCCGGGCGAGCCGCCGCCGACGAGGAGGAUCUGCUGGAUGUGUUGCUCAGGCUGCAACAGGAGGACUCGUUGGAAUUCCCUCUAACCACCGAGAUCAUAGGCGCCGUGUUGUUUGACAUAUUUGCAGGUGCCACGGCGACCAUAGGAACCACCUUGACGUGGGCUCUGUCGGAGCUUGUGCGCAGGCCUGAAACUAUGGCCAGGGCACAACAAGAAGUCCGAGAGGUUCUUGGCCAAGACCGGGCUGUCAUUACCAAUAACGACCUCGCUAAACUCGACUACACGCAGAUGGUCAUCAAGGAAACCCUCAGGUUCCAUCCGCCUGCUUCUCUAAUUCCCCGCGCGUCCAUAGAGGAUUGUACUAUCAUGGGUUAUGACAUCCCCAAAGGCACCAAUGUAUACGUUAAUGUCUUCGCGAUUUCUCGAGAUCCUGCAUACUGGAACAAUCCUGGCGAGUUUAUGCCAGAGAGGUUUGAGAACAGCAACACAAAUUACAAUGGCUCCUACUUUGAAUUCACUCCCUUCGGCGCAGGGCGGCGGCAAUGCCCCGGGAUUCAGUUUAGCUCGUCAGUCAUGGAGAUGACACUAACAAAUAUUCUCUAUCACUUCAACUGGAAGCUUCCUGAUGGUGCUAGCCCGGUUUCGCUUGACAUGUCCGAGAAAUUUGGGCUUGCAGUAAGCAGAAAGUAUGACCUGAAACUUGAAGCUACUCCACACGUCUGGUUCAAUGCUAUGCGGUCGAAGUGAUAGGGAAAGCUUGCAUAUUCAUGUGGAAAUGCAACUUAACAUACCUACAAUUUCAGAACAUGUCAAUGAUGUCAUUAUUGCAGUGUAUGGUUGUACCUUUAUGCAAUAGAAUAAGAUAAGCUCAUUGCAAA